GUCGUCCACAAUCCCUUCUACUCUGAAGAGGAGAUAAAGGGGAGUGAAGAAGGAAUUCAAUCCAAACCCAAUCAAGGUCUCGGAAACAAUGGCAGCCUCUCUCCAAGCAGCGGCUACGCUCAUGCAGCCGACCCAGGUCGGUGCAUCAGCUCGAAAUGGUCUGCACCUCAGAUCCUCACAGGGCAUUUGCAAGGCCUUCGGCUUUGAGCCUUCCACCGCCAGACUGACAUGCUCUCUGCAGACUGACUUCAAAGACCUGACCCAAAAGUGCGUCGAUGCCACCAAGAUUGCUGGUUUUGCCCUCGCCACCUCAGCCCUCCUCGUUUCGGGAGCCGGUGCAGAAGGAGUGCCCAAAAGACUAACCUACGACGAAAUCCAGAGCAAGACAUACAUGGAAGUGAAGGGAACAGGAACCGCGAACCAGUGCCCAACCAUCGAUGGCGGAUCGGAAUCCUUCUCCUUCAAGCCAGGCAAGUACAGUAUGAAGAAAUUAUGCUUGGAGCCAACGUCGUUCACUGUCAAGGCCGAGGGUGUCAGCAAGAACGCCCCACCUGAGUUCCAGAAUACGAAGCUCAUGACCCGUUUGACCUACACAUUGGACGAGAUUGAGGGACCCUUCGAGGUGUCCCCUGAUGGCACCGUCAAGUUCGAGGAGAAAGACGGCAUCGACUACGCCGCCGUUACUGUUCAACUCCCAGGAGGGGAACGUGUGCCUUUCCUCUUCACCAUCAAGGAGCUCGUAGCAUCAGGAAAGCCGGAGAACUUCGGGGGACAGUUCUUGGUGCCGUCUUACAGGGGUUCAUCUUUCUUAGACCCAAAGGGAAGAGGUGGUUCGACUGGUUACGAUAGCGCUGUUGCGUUGCCCGCCGGUGGAAGAGGAGAUGAGGAGGAACUGGUUAAGGAGAACAUUAAGAAUACUAAAUCGUCGACGGGAACGAUUAGUCUGAGUGUCACCAAGACCAAGCCUGAGAGUGGAGAGGUCAUUGGAGUUUUCGAGAGCAUUCAACCUUCUGAUACCGAUUUAGGGGCGAAAACUCCCAAGGAUGUGAAGAUCCAGGGGAUCUGGUAUGCCCAACUCGAGUAGAUUUUCUUUGAAUUGGGAUUUUGUUUUUGUAGAAUUUCCCUCUUUUCCUUUUCCUCGUUGUUGUAAAAUCAACUUUUGUUAAUCGCGCUGGUAACCUCUAUCGUAUGAUACGCUUAUUAUAUCUUUGCCUGUAAA